CGCUGUCGGGGGAAAAAAACGUGCUCUGGCGCGUGGUAGCUGUGCUGGUGCGCUCGCGGGCGCGCGCUUGUCAUCUUUUAGAAUGAAUUUUACGGUCGCGAGGUUAGUUCGACUGCGAUCAUGCGCCAUGAGGUCAGUGCAGGUUGGCAGUAGGCACUGUUCGAGAGGUCCGAGGAUCCUACGCAAAGAGAGCACGGCGCUUAGCUCAGGCGAUGCGCUGAUUAGUACGGGAGACGUCGAGCUACAGCAGGGCGAUAACACCGUCGCCAUGGAUCCGACCGAUACCCUGGCUUCCUUGGAUCACCUGAUGACGAAACACUGCGGAUCCGGCCACUGUCUUUCGAUUUGCAAGGUCGUAUUGGAUGGCCAGCAGCAAUGGAAAGCAGAAGUUUCGGUGAAGUGGCCCAGGAAAUUGUCGGUUGAUGCGAUAACAUCAUCUAAGGAGGAUGCUAUCAACAUGGCGAGUGCUCGCAUGUGCACCCUGCUACAGAGGAUGGGUGUUCUUGAAGCCAUCAAGCAAGGUCCAGCCUUAGAAGCUGCCGGGGAACCUUGUCCUUUCACAACCUCUUCCCAAGGCACCUCACUGGAUCCCAAUGCGGCCCAGAAUGGGACACCGUUGGCCCCUCAAACUAAGGACACAGUUGGCCUCCCAAAGCACAAUGGCACACCAACGCCGUACCCACCUGCACAGCUGCGUGGUGCACAGUCACAAGAAGUUGCCAUACGGCCACGAGAAGUUGCUUGUAGGAACUCCACCGCAGCCAGUCAACGACUAAAAUCGUGGACUCAAAAACGGGAGCUGGGACGGUGCAAAUCCAUCUUGCACAAUAUUUAUGCGCACGUGAGCAAACUGAAAGAUGACAGUAGCUUGAUUCCCGUGUACAACUCCAAUGUGUAUCAGGACGGCGUUGCCCACUGGACAUCUAAGGUUGUGGUGAAGUGGCCACGGGAAUUGGUGUAUGAAGGCAGUGGCCGCAACAAAUCCGAAGCUGAGGCACUGGCGGCCAGAGCCCUUAUCCAAUACCUCGUGGUGAAAGGGCACGUCGACAGCGAUUUGAGUCCGAAGACCGCUUCGGACCAAGAAGUGAAGCGACGCAAGAGGCAACGGACCGCUCCAGUUGCCGUAGCCCUGCCUGAAGCCUCCGUCCAUGAAAUGGAAAACCUCCUAAAGGAGUUCGAGGCUCUCGUGGCCAGUGCACCUCGACUCCGCAACGAUGAUCCUGAGGACGAGGAAGCCUGCAUGGACACGUCGCUGAACGCAGCAGAAGGCGGGGAAAACAAGAAGAUACGAGACAUCAUGACCGGCCGACUGCUCAGGUCACCGGACGAGCACUACAUCCGCCGGGAUCGUGAACUUUUGACCAAGGCCGAAAAGUCUUGGCUUUACAAAACCAGCUACAAUUACCAGCGGGCCAGGACGGAGCUCCCAAUCUACCCUUACAGGGACGAGAUAUUGAGCGCUGUCAAUCGCAAACGAGUGGUUGUGAUCUGCGGCGAGACUGGGUCGGGCAAGACCACACAGGUGCCACAGUUUAUCUUCGAGAACUGGGUGCGCGAGGGAAUUGGCUCCCGCUGCAACAUUGUGAUCACCCAGCCGAGGAGAUUCGCUGCUGUAUCCAUGGCGAAGCGGGUAGCUACAGAGCGAAGGGAAGAGUUGAGCGACACCGUCGGAUACCAGGUGCGCUUUUCGAAGCAGCUCCUGAGCCUCCGCGGGGGCAUGCUCUUCUGCACGGUGGGCAUCCUGCUGCGCCACUUGCAGCACAACAGCAACCUGCUGGGAGUCUCCCAUGUCAUCGUCGACGAGGUACACGAGCGUGAUGUUCGCACCGACUUCCUGCUUGCUCUCCUGCGCGAGCUGCUCUUCACAAACGCCACUCUCAAGGUGAUUCUCAUGAGCGCGACUAUCAACGCUGAAAAGUUCUCCGAGUACUUUGAAGAUGCGCCCAUCAUCAGGAUUCCCGGGAGGACGCAUCCCGUCACUCAGUUCUUUCUGGAAGACAUAAUUGCAGAGAACAUCGUCACCAAAGCUGCCUUGGAAAAGAGCCGCGACGACCCGAUGAAAAUCGUGCCCGAUGUUCUAACGUACCUUAUGGAGAUGAAGCCGCCUGGCGCCAUCCUCUGCUUUCUGCCUGGCUGGAACGAGAUCAACAACGUGCGGGCAGAGCUGUGCAGGCGAGCACCGGCCAGAUUUCACGAGUGGAUUUUGCCCCUGCACUCGCGUCUCCAUUACCAAGAGCAGCAGAAGAUCUUUGCGAGUCCUCCACCAGACGUGCGCAAAGUUAUCCUGUCCACCAACAUCGCCGAGACGUCUAUUACCGUCGAAGACGUAACAUACGUAGUGGACACAGGCCUGCACAGGGAGCAGAGGUUCAACCCGUCCACGGGUGUGAGCCUUCUCGGCACAUUCCCGACCUCCCGGGCCAGUGUCCGGCAACGGGCAGGUCGCGCGGGACGCGUACGGCCCGGCGAAUCGUACCACCUGUUUAUGCGGGAUGCGUUGUGCACACGGGAUGAGUUCCAGCUGCCCGAAAUACUGACCAUCGACCUGACCAGGGUGGUGCUUGACGCCAAGCUCUACUGUCCACACUUGUGUGCGGAGGAUGUCCUGUCCCUUGUUCCAGACCCGCCUUCCUCCGAGAUGAUGACCAAGGCCAUCAAGGACCUCCAAGAUAUGGGCUUGAUGAACGACAGUGCCGAACUGACAGAUCUGGGUCACCACGUCUGUCAGUUUGCAACGACACCUCAAUUGGCGAAAGCCGUCAUCUACGGGGCUCUGCUCGGAUGCCUAGACAGCGUGGUUUCGACGGUUUCGCUUCUGGCUGAAGCAUCCAACCUGUUCGCUAUCAGACGCACCGCCGAGGGUGCCAGCCGCACAAAAGAUAUCAAGCGCUGCUACGAUGCCGAAGCAGCGAGUGACCACAUUGCCUUAUGGCAAAUUUUCUCGCACUGGAGAGAUUUCGUACCUGGAGCAGAACGGCAGUCGUUCUGUCAGCGCAACGAACUGAGCUUUAACGGCCUGGACAUCGGCGAAGGCAUGGUUGACGAUCUUGUGAACACCUUGAAAGGAGUGAUGGCCUAUACCGAUGCCUUGUCUCAGGCACCUGCCCAGAAGCACUGGGGCCUCAACCUCAACAGUCGCCGCGACGACAGGCAGCUGGUCUUGGCAGCGCUCACAGCCGGCCUGUACCCGAAUGUGCUUCGAAUAUUGCAGGGCAAGAUAAAGAAUAACCAGAUCAUGCGUGAAGGUGUCGAGUUUGCCUGCCUGGACCAGAAGUUGGCCGCAAUAUCUGAAGAGUCGCUGCUCCACAGGGUGCCUCCAGUGUACGAGCACCCGUGGUUGAUAUACUACAGCGCACUGCAGCCCUCGAAGUACCAGCGGACAACUGUGUACGACUGCAGCAUGGUCACAUCUCUUCAUGUGCUGCUUUUCGCUGGUCUGGGCACUCACAAAAAGGAGGGUUACCUCUUCGACUCACACGCCAAAGCACCCAGGGGCUCUGACCAAGGUUGCUUGGUCGUCGACGAACAACCACUGCUCGUGUUCCGUUGCUCCGAGCGAGAUGCUGAUCUCAUCUGGCGGUGGCGGCGGAUGAUUGACUAUGUCAUCGACUUGCACAUCUCUAUGGAGCAGUGGGAGGAGAACGGUCCCGAGGAGACGUACCUGCGCUGCGAAAUGUGGCCGAGGAUUGUGAACGCCACGUCUAGUCUUCUGUCGCACAGUUCGUCGGGAGGUGUGUGAACAACCGCACAGUAGUGGACCAGAGGAGCUUGCCGAGCCGCCAAGUUUGUGCCAAGCAAGCAAGUCUCCUAGACAAACACCAUUGUGCCUUUUUUUUUUUUUCUUCAAGUAGAGAGGGGAGGGGAGGUGGUCGCAGUUUCCAUCAUUGAAAAGCAUCAUCAAACUUGUAAAGAAGUUUUAAAGCACCUUUUUGUUUUCCCAACCUGUGCAUUCUUUUUUUUUACAUUCAGCCGAAAUGUAGAAAGUAGCUUAAGAAGGAUGUUGGCCACGAGGCUAUCUGUGCAAUGUACUUUGCUUCUCUUGAAGGUGCCAGAGCUCAUUUUGUACUAGCUUUCUCAUAUGCUUCCUUAUAACCUUUUUUAUUAUUUAUUUUCGUGGGCUACACUUUUUAUUCCUGCUACAAGAAUCUAUCUUGCUGUCAUUAUUUUGUGAGAUCACUUCCAAUGAAUUUGUUGUACUAGAGCGAAUUAGCUCUCUCAUAUGCUUCAUUAUUAUAAUUUUUUUUUUUCGUUUUCAUCGGCUGUGCCCAGCACAGUUGUAGUGCAGUUUGUUCUACCAUGUUGCAAUUGCUUGGCAAUGGGUCGGCAUACAAUGAAGUUGUAUCGCUAUUUUGUUGUUAACAGGCAUGCAUAAUUGCUUGAAAUUGUUUUGCCAUCAGUCGAGUGAAAUCUAGUGGGAGUGCUCUUUUUUUUUUUUCAUUAGACAAGCACCAUUGUGCCUUUUUUUUUCAAGUAGAGAGGGGAGGGGGUCACAGUUUCCAUCAUUGAAAAGCAUCAUCAAACUUGUAAAGAAGUUUUAAAGCACCUUUUUGUUUUCCCAACCUGUGCAUUCUUUUUUUUUACAUUCAGCCGAAAUGUAGAAAGUAGCUUAUAAGAAGGAUGUCGGCCACGAGGCUAUCUGUGCAAUGUACUUUGCUUCUCUUGAAGGUGCCAGAGCUCAUUUUGUACUAGAGCUAAUUAGCUUUCUCAUAUGCUUCCUUAUAACCUUUUUUAUUAUUUAUUUACGUGGGCUGCACUUUUUAUUCCUGCUAGAAGAAUCUAUCUUGCUGUCAUUAUUUUGCAAGAUCACUUCCAAUGAAUUUGUUGUACUAGAGCUAAUCAGCUCUGUCAUACGCUUCAUUAUUAUAAUUUUUUUUUUUCGUUUUCAUCGGCUGUGCCCAGCACAGUUGUAGUGCAGUUUGUUCUACCAUGUUGCAAUUGCUUGACAAUUGGUCGACAUAAUGAAGUUGUAUUGCUAUUUUGUUGUUAACAGGCAUGUGUAAUUGCUUGAAGUUGUUUUGCCAUCAGUAGAGUGAAAUCUAGU